AUGGGGAAUCCCUUGGUUGAACGUGCCACGACCAGCAUGCUCGUGGGCCCUGAUUGGGCUUUGAACAUGGAGAUCUGUGACAUACUCAAUCGUGACCCUGGCUGUAACAGCUGUGGAACAGAGAAUUUUGAAAUAAGAAAUUUCAAGUACGAGCCAGAGUUGCCAGUUCCUUUUUACUGGAACAUUUCAAGCCUUCUAGGAGUUAAUACUAUUCUGUUUGUGCCCAUUAGAACGGGGUAUACCAAUUUUGCCCUUGAUGGCGAGUGGCUUCAAGUGGGUUGGACACGGCAGAGAAUAGCGAUGGGGCCACCUAGAGGUUCUUAUAAGCAUGACUUAUGUGGCAGAAAAAAAGGUAUAUGGGCCUUAUUGAAUGGGGAAAUGCAUCAUAAAUGCGACUGUGCCUUCCCUUGUACCAUGUGCUGGAAUGGAAUGAAUGCUCUACAUUAUCAGUUGGAAGAUGUUUGCUUGGGCCAACUGGAGGCCGGGCAAGCAAAGGAUGUUGUUAAAGGUAUAAAGAAGCGGCUUGGAAGUAAAGUUCCUAGAGUUCAAAUUCUUGCACUGACGCUGCUGGAGACAAUCAUAAAGAAUUGUGGGGACAUUAUCCACAUGCAUGUUGCUGAGAGAGAUGUUCUUCAUGAUAUGGUGAAAAUAGCGAAGAAGAGGCCCGAUUAUCAUGUCCGAGAGAAGAUAUUGGCUCUUAUAGAUACUUGGCAAGAGGCUUUUGGAGGGCCAAGAGCAAGAUAUCCACAGUAUUAUGCAGCAUAUCAGGAGCUUUUGCGUGCUGGGGCAGUAUUCCCUCAGAGGUCUGAGCAUUCUGCACCUAUAUUCACGCCGCUACAAACACAACCAUUGUCAUCAUACCCUCAAAAUAUACGAGAUACUGUUGUUCGGCAAGACACAGCUGAGUCCUCAGCAGAGUCUGAGUUUCCUGCCCUAAGUUUGUCAGAAAUUCAGAAUGCACGUGGUAUUAUGGAUGUUCUUGCAGAAAUGCUCAAUGCAUUAGACCCUGGUAACAAAGAAGGUCUUCAGCAGGAAGUUAUUGUUGAUUUGGUGGAGCAAUGUCGAACAUACAAGCAGAGAGUGGUACACCUUGUUAAUUCAACUUCGGAUGAGUCACUGCUAUGCCAAGGCCUAUCUCUGAAUGAUGAUCUUCAGCGUGUCUUGGCCAAGCACGAAUCCAUUGCUUCAGGAACUUCUGCUUCAGGGCCUUCUGCUCAAAAUCAUACUGAGAAUCUGAAGCCUGCACCUACUGGGGCACUUGUUGAUUUUGAUGGUCCUUUAGUUGAUAUUGGAGAUACUAGUAAACAAACAGAUGGAAGGUCGUCUGCUAGUACUGAAACUGGGUCUCAAACAUUUAAUCAGUUAGUGCUUCCUGCGCCCCCAACAUCAAAUGGAUCAGCUCCCCCUGCAAAGGUUGAUUCUAAAGUGGACCUGCUCAGUGGUGAUGACUAUCACUCACCAAAAGCAGAGACAUCACUUGCUCUCGUCCCCAUAGGAGAACAGCAGCCAGCCAGCCCUAUGUCUCAACAGAAUGCCCUUGUUCUUUUCGAUAUGUUUUCUAAUGGAAGCAAUCCACCUACUUCUGUUAAUACCCAGCCAAUUAAUGUUGGCAGCCAAACGGGUCCGUUUUCUCCUCCAUUUCAACAGCAGCAGACUUUCAUAUCUCAAGGGGUGUUUUACCCCAAUGGAGGUGUGCCAAAUGUUGGGUCACCUCGGUAUGAGCAAUCACCUUAUAUGCAGAGCACAGGUCCUUCUUGGAAUGGUCAGGUUGCGCAGCAACAACAGCCGCCUUCACCAGUUUAUGGUACAACAAGUGGCGGAUCAUUUCCACCACCUCCCUGGGAAGCUCAACCUAUAGACAAUGAAAGUCCAGUUGCAGGCAGUCAAUUCCCACAACCACUGCAAGUCACUCAAGUGGUUAUGACGCAUAUACAAAGUCCUGCACAUCCUCAGGGAUCUCAAGCAGUGGGGCAUGACCAGGCUGUUGGAAUAUAUAUGCAGCCAAAUGCUAGCCAUAUGUCAACUAUCAACAGCAAUGUUCAAAGUAAUCAGUUAGGCCUGUAUCCGCAGCGUAUUCAGGGUGUUAACAGUCCCUAUAUGGGUAUGGCUUCACAUCCAAUGCAUAAUAGUCCUGUCGCUUACAUGUAUCCUCAACAGAUGUAUGGCAACAAAUUCGUAGGAUAUGGUUAUGGUCAGCAACCAGGGGUUCAAUAUGUUGAGCAGCAAAUGUAUGGUUUAUCAUUGAGAGAUGAUGGUGCUCUCAGAAAUUCUUACCAGGUUUCUUCUGCAUCCUAUGUGCCAUCUGGGAAGCCUACCAAACCAGAAGAUAAGUUAUUUGGGGACCUUGUUAACUUGGCAAAAGUGAAACCAAAACCAACUCCUGACCGAACUGGCAUGUAA